ACAAGUAAUGUUUGUUUUCAUUUGAUAACAGCGAUGAAAGACAAUGGAUACUUCUACGCUGGCCAGAUCAUGGCAAUGUCAAUUGCCCAUGGGGGGCAGAGUCCAUGUUUCCUGUCUGAACUCUUGUAUGAGUGUCUUCAAAAGGGUCCAGACAACGUAAAGGUCAAAACUGAACACAUUACUGAUGAAGAAACAAGGUCACAGGUGCAGUCGAUCUUAGAGGCUGAGACUGAUUCACAACUGCAGGAGGCAGUUGCACAGGCAGCCAUCUUGAUCAGUCUUGCUGGUCACAAUGUUCGCAUAACACUUGAAAACAAACAAGAGACUGCUUUGGACUUGGCUCACUGGUAUGUCCUCCAGCGAACACGUGCACCUUUUGAAAGGUUCAGAGAUGGGUUAACAUCUCUAGGUGUCCUAGAUGCUAUCCAGAAAUACCCUCUACAAAUAAAGAGCCUUUUUGUGAAGCCCGAAAAGAGUUUAACAGCUGCUGAUGUGGAGAAUCUCCUCCAGAUCUCACACUCUGAAAGAGGGAGUAAUGCAUUCCGAGAAGAGUGCCGGACCCUGGCUUUCUGGCAAGACUAUCUUCAGGAUGCUGAAAUUGAAAAUGAUGUCUCUCUGGAGGAUAUUCUUGUUUUCUUCACUGGAUGUGACAGCAUUCCAGCACUGGGUUUCUCUCCGAAGCCAAGCCUUGAGUUCAUCACCCACUCCCGAUUUCCAGUGGCCAAUACUUGCGAAAAUAUUCUUCGCAUACCAGUUUAUGCAGUAUACACUGAUUUUAAAUCUAACAUGGACUUUGCCAUACGCAAUUCACCAGGAUUUGGAAGAGCGUGAGAGGUAAUGUUAUGGAGGGCUUGUAGAGCUUGAGAUAUAAUGAGGAAGGAAUUGUUUUUUUUUAAGUGCUAGGUUUAUUUCCUUCUGUUAUUCCCUGAGACAAAAACUAAGCAUUUACUGUAGUAAAGACAAGAAAAAUGUACAGUAAAACAAGUAAGUAUGUUCUUUCAUUUGAAGAUAUAUUUCAAGCCAUGUUUUUCUGUUUCAGAUUUAAUAAGGUGCACUAUGUGAACUUUUUUUCAGUUGAUACAUGUGAGGCACUUUUUGUUGCAUUUUUGUCAACCAGUUCUCUAACCUGAAAAACCAUAUGCCCAUAACAGCGUUAGAUUGAUUAGAUUGAUUGAUUACCACAGACAUGGAUAAAAUGAGAUCAUUACAUGAUAAAUGUCCGAAUGGUAAAAAUAAUAAGCACAGUUAUGGUUAAUAGUGCUCAGAUUUGGGGUUGAAGGCUAGAUGUAGCUAAACCACUGUACUUAACUAUGGGUUGUAAAAUAAAAACAGGUUGCUCAAACAACCCAUUAGCAAAUUUUGUACAGGAGAACAGGCUCACUGUAGCUACUUGUUUUUAUCAGUGUUGCCCAGCCCCAUUGCUAUGGCUUAUUAUUCAUUAUAUAGGUUGUGGUAUGGCCUUGUAACAAAUAAAUGGUUCUGUGUUCCUACUUUGUGUGUACUUGCUUACUUUUAGUAUGUAUUGUGGCGGUAUAUGUGCAUCCCAGGCUUUAAAUGUAAUA